AUGAAAAGAGUGGCAAUGUACAUAAAUAUGAAAAUUCUGAAAGUGAAGAAGAUGAUGGGUCGUUGGGGCAUUAUGUUGGCAGUGAAUCUACCGCAGAAGAUGAUGGGUCGUUGGGGCAUUAUAUUGGCAGUGAAUCUACCGCAGGCAAAUACAGAUUUUCGAUCUGUACGUGGUGAAAAUGUUUCAAUGGUGGAGGCAUUAGAAAAUGCUUAUGGUCGAGAAAAGCAUGAAGGAAUGGCGUCGCUUGGUGAAUUGCAUGGAAAGCUGGCAACUGCAGAUUUGCGUGCGAAAGCUAGAAAAUGCAUGUAA